ACUUGACAUCAACGUCGUGUUUACGUUCAUCCCCGAAAAUGAAUACUUCGAUUCUCAUUAUUGCCCUUUGUGUCUCCGUUGGGUCAGCUAUAUCGCUGCCUAAUAACUGGAAUAUAAGACAACUAGGAACAUCGUCAACGGAGGAUGACGAUGCGUGUACGAACUGUAAGGAAACCCUCAACGCGGUAAUUGCCAGAUUGGAUACAGAUGAAGGCGUGGAGAUGGUAGAACAAUUCCUAAAGGAUGAAAUAUGUUCUCAUCUAUCCUCAUACCUCCUCACAGAAACUUGUAACUCUGCUGUUCAUGGGCUUGUUCCAGGUCUUCUGGAGUAUGUUGUGGAGAACGCGGAUCCUGAGGUCUUGUGCAGUUUGGCAAUGUUGUGUCCUGAGAAGCUUAAUAAUCACUUCAAGAUGGUUACAAAUGCCGAUGUACAAACGGGUGAUGAUUCUUGUACAAACUGCAUUGAAGUCGUUGAUAGUUUCAUUGCGAGUUUGAACACAGAUGAAGUGAAGGAGGAAGUGGAGACGUAUUUCGACCAUGUAAUUUGCAGUCCACUUUCUGCUUAUUUUCUGGAGGAAGUCUGUACUGCUGAGGUCCGUGCUCUGAUACCCGGGGUUCUGGAUUACAUUGUUGAAAACGCGGAUCCCGAGGGCCUUUGCACUCUCGCCACAUUAUGCCCAGAGAAUGUUAAAGGGAAGCCAUCUACUGCACUGGUGACAGACUUCCUUCAAAAGAUAUUAAUGAAAUAGUUAAGUCUACAAGUUAUGAAUCACCAUUAAGCAAGAAUCUGUUCUUGAGGCGGAUGUAACUUGAAUCGACCAGAUUAUCAACGUCUACUAGAAUUAGCAUAGUAGUUGUUUGUAUAUGUGUCUCUUUAAAAAAUAAACUAAUUGGAGUAAAUGAU